AUGUGUCCCACCUGUGAUGAUACAGUGCACAGUGAUAAGCCAUUGCAUGAUAGGCAAGAAUGGCUUAAUGGUUUUUAUCAUUAUCUGAAACCUACAGAAAGUGUGUCAAGAGAAGGAAUAAUUAUGGUAAAAGAACGUUACUGUCCGUUGAUUUGUGACACACAGUGUAGAUCAUGUGGUGAAGGGCAGUUAAGAAAAUGUGUUGCAAAGGAUAAGAUAAUUUUAGUUACCAUGAAAGCCUUGGAGGAUAUUUCUGCAGUGAAAGGCCGGACAGGGAUAAUUAAUGCAUCCACAUUCAGAAAGGCUGCAGCUGAAUGGAGAUACUGUCAGUAUGAAGUAGAUAAGUUGCAGGGUAUAACCUACAUUGAUUGUCCUCCAUGCUCUAUGUCACAACAUUCUGCACAUGUGGAUGGGAAUCAGAAGCUUUAUCGUUUUAAAAGUGUACCAAGAGGUAAUAGAACUUCUUACUAUGGGGAUCUCUUCAUUAAGAAUAACACAGAUGUUGAUAUUCAGAUUGCUGAAGUAUAUAGCACUGGAAAGAAAGAGGUUGGAAGCAACGCUUGUGGAGAUUCACACUGGAAAGCAGCUAAGGCCGUAAGUAAAAGCAAGAAAAAGCAAGAUGAAACUGGUUUAGAGGUUGCUUGCUGUCGGCACAGUAUUGCACAAGCAGCAGUUAAUAUGUUUCGAGGAGAAAUAUAUGGAUAUGCACACUACUUGCAUACUCAGUACCUUUUACCAAGGCAUGUCAAAUUUCUUUGGCAAGAUGUAAUUUGUCUGUACUGGCCAUGGGCAGUGUCAAACACACCUCGUCGUCUUCUCAAGGCUCUUGAUAUGGCACCUGCACUAUCUGUAAUGCAUGGUAAAUCUCAUUCUUGGAACUGCCAGUUCACAUGGGGUGGCAGGUGGCAAGACGGCGCUGCAAAUGGUACUGGAGAAGAAGCUGAGCAAGUCAACAGCUAUAUUUCUCGCCUUGGCUCUACUACGAAGCGGAUGUCAGCAGCAGGGCGUGAAGAAGCUCUUACGGAGCAUGUUUUGGGAUGGAAUAAACGAAAAGUCUUGAACAUGCCUAAAUACCUCAGGAUGCGUUACGCUAAGACAGCAAAAACACUAAAAGAAAAACAAAAAGAAUUAGAGGAAACUCUUGUGGAUUUUGGCCUACAGGGAAAGGAAGAAAAAGAGAUUUUAGAGUGGAAAUCGACUGUUGAAAACUUUGCGAGAGCGGAUGGUAAAAUCGAACAAGAAUACGGGGACGCCGAAAACUAUUUUAUACUGUAUCAUCAAAUUCGUGACGCAACAUUAUUAAAAUCAUUCGUGGAAGGAGGGGAUCGACAAACACGCGACUUGCUUGGAAAUGUUGAAUUGCACAGUACAGUGGAGUCAAAGACAUCACAACUGUGUAGUUUGCAGCAGCAGUUGAGCAAAAUAAAAUAAAAGUUCCAGCAAGUAU